CAUUGAGCUUUUUAGUUUUUGGUAUUCUAUUGUUACGGUGACAUAUAAGACAGAGGGCAUAGCGAGAGGCUGGUUAUUGAAAGUACUAUAUUCGCUGUGAUCAAAUUCCUACUCUAGACAACCAUCCGUGGCAAAAGCACAGAGGCGAUUUAUGUGUCUCACAAGGCUAUUUUGAUGACGUUUCUCGUUAUCGAUCUGUUGGCUCAGCCCGUGGUUGUGCUAAGUUACAUACAUCAAGUCGUUGGUAAACUCUCUUUCUAUAAACCUCUUCCGGAACAGAUUGAGACAAUAAAAGAAGACAUAAAGUAGAUCCAUUCUUCGCCUCAAGCAGCCGCGACCUUAUAAUAUGAUCCACAAUGUUUAAACCGUUUCCGUUGAUCCGGGCGUGUGCGAUGACGUCUCUCAGACCAUCCUACUUCAUUCUGAAGCUCCCAGGCACUCUACCCCUCCCGACAGCGCCGACAGCGAAAAGUCACAGGCAUUCAUUGUUAAGAGCUGCUCUGCCUCGGGGCCGGCCGCUAAGAUAUCGUAUGUACUCCUUGGUACCUUUUCUCGAACCAAAAAAGGCAGGCACACGCAAGCACGACCCAUCCGAAGAUCCAAAACCUUUCUCCUCAUCUGUAUUUCUCCUUUGCUCAUCACUCAUCAUUGUUUAUCAUUGUCGUCCCAAUUCAUAGUCUGCAUCUUAUCCGUAUUUUUACGUUGGAGGAUAGGAUCUCAGACGCUGCAAUCUUUGUCGUCCGAGGAGGCCACCUGGAGAUCCAGGAUAGUACGAGGCUAUGACGCUCAACUCGUCGACAACAAUGAAGUCUGGUCACUUAGAAACGGCCGCUCGAUGGCUGCCCGCCAUUGACUAUCCCAGCAGUACCAAGCAAGGCUUUUGGCAUCCCCAAACAAGCACAAUAAACUGGUGCGAGGAGGACUAUUAUGCAACUAUAUACGCAGCAGAAAUUGUCAAUACGUUGACAAACCUUCUCUUCAUGUAUCUUGGCAUCAAGGGAGUCCGAAACUGUCUAAAACAUGGGCAUGACACGGUUUUUAUGAUAACCUUCCUGGGAUACCUGGCUGUGGGGACUGGAAGCUUUAUGUUUCAUAGCACCCUGAAGUAUCCAUGGCAGCUAGUCGAUGAGCUUUCCAUGAUAUACACGACGUGCCUGAUGUGCUAUGCAUGCUUCUCAUUCAACCAGACCCGCCAAUUCUGUCAGACCCUGGCUGCCGGACUGACAGCUCUCUGUAUAUUUAUAACGGGUUAUUAUCAUUAUCUUCAAGACCCUACGUUUCAUCAGAAUACGUAUGCGAUCCUUACAGCCACUGUGGUGUUCCGGAGCAUGUAUGUGAUGGAGAUCAACAUUCGGCCAUCACUCCGGGCCAAAUAUGGUCAAGCAUCCCCAAAUGGCACAAUAAGCGCCGAAGAUGCCAAGAGAGACAAACAAAUCCUUCGAGAUAUGUGGCUGAUGAUUGGACUUGGUCUUACCGUAUUCCUUGGAGGCUUUGGCAUAUGGAACUUGGAUAAUUAUUACUGUUCGACUGUUCGACGUUGGAGGCAUGAUAUGGGCCUGCCUUGGGGUAUAUUCUUGGAGGGUCAUGGCUGGUGGCAUCUGAUGACGGGAACAGGAGCCUACAUGUCUCUCGUGUGGGGUAUUUGGCUUCGUCACUGCCUUAACGAGCGCCAAGAUGAGUAUGAACUGUCCUGGCCAAGGACGUUCACGUCUUUACCUGAAAUUGUGCGCUCAAAUCCAGAGAAGUGGAAGGGGGGCGUAGAAUCGAAAAAGACACUUUGAGUCGUUGGAUACUACUGGAAGACUGAAAAGUUGAGGACUAUUAGAAUCGUGCUAGAGUACAUAUUGAUUCAUACUGCCAAUCCAGUUUGCCUGACAUCGCAGACCAGAAUAAUUUGUAGAAGUCAUGUCGUAGAAAUGAUAACAGCUGUUGGGCUCAUUAAGCCUAGGCUCCGGCGCCAAGAACCGGCGCGCGGAACGCGGAGUCGGAACUCGUCACCCAA